UCUAUCCCGUCGCUUGUCUUCGACCAACGGGUACCUCGCUCGCAAUUAAGCCCAAACAAGGAUUUUUCCUUAGUACAUUUUACCGCAGUAUUAAGGAUUUAUUCAAACUUUUCUACGUGUACUUUGAGGCGAGGCCGGAGUAGAAGAGCCCAUCCGUUUCCCGUUCCAGGUCAAACUAACAAGCCAUGCACUUGCCUCCCUCGCUCCCCAGCCUCCUCCUCCUCCUCUUCCCCCUCCUCUCCUGGGGUCCCAGGUUGUCGCAGGCCGCCAAGAUUAUCGUGGUGCCACCCAUCAUGUUCGAGUCGCACCUGUACAUCUUUAAGACGCUGGCCACUGCGUUGCACAGCGAGGGCCACGAGACCCACUUCUUGGUGUCGGAGGGGCGCGAGGUGCCCCCCUCGCCCCACUAUCACUUCCAGCGCUACGCGGGCAUCUUCAACAGCACCACGGCCGACAACUUCCUCCAGUCCAAAGUCAGCAACAUCUUCUCGGGCCGCCUGACAGCGUUGGAGCUCUUUGACAUCCUCGACCAUUACUCGCAGAACUGCGACGCCGUGGUGGGGAGCGCCGAGGUCAUGACCCGCCUCAAGGAGGCUGAGUUCGACCUCCUGCUGGUGGACCCCAAUGAGAUGUGCGGCUUCGUCAUCGCCCACAUCCUGGGCGUCCAGUACGCCGUGUUCAGCACGGGGCUGUGGUACCCGGCGGAGGUGGGCGCGCCGGCACCGCUGUCCUACGUCCCUGAGUUCAACUCCCUCCUGACGGACCGCAUGUCGCUGGCCCAGAGGAUUACCAACACGGCCGUCUACCUCGUGUCCCGCUUCGGGGUCCAGUACCUGGUGCUGCCCAAGUACGACCGCAUCAUGAGGAAGCACGGCGUGCUGCCUCAGGCCUCCAUGCACGACCUGGUCCAGGGGAGUCGACUGUGGAUGCUCUGCACCGACAUGGCGCUGGAGUUCCCCCGGCCUACCCUGCCUCACGUGGUCUACGUAGGAGGCAUCCUCACCAAGCCACCCAACCCUCUGCCGCAGGAGUUCGAAGCGUGGGUCAGCGACACGGCGGAGCAUGGCUUUGUGGUGGUGUCGUUCGGUGCCGGGGUCAAGUACCUCUCCAAUGACAUCGCUCACAAGCUGGCUGGUGCCCUAGCCAGACUGCCCCAGCGUGUGGUCUGGAGGUUUUCUGGAAUCCCGCCCACUAACCUCGGCAACAACACCAAACUUGUUGAUUGGAUGCCACAAAACGACCUAUUGGGCCACCCCAACACUCGGGCCUUCCUCAGCCACGGCGGGCUGAACAGCAUUUAUGAGGCCAUGUACCAUGGAGUGCCCGUGGUGGGGGUGCCCCUGUUCGGUGACCACUAUGACACCAUGACGCGCGUGUCGGCCAAGGGCAUGGGGGUCAUGCUGCACUGGAAGAGCAUGACGGAGGAGGACCUCCACGCCGCACUGAUCAGUGUCAUCAACGACAGCAGGUACCGCCAGAGAGCCCAGGUCCUCUCCACCAUCCACAAGGACCAGCCGGGCCACCCAGUAACCAGGGCCGUCUAUUGGAUUAGCUACCUCCUUCGUCACAAUGGCGCCAGCCACUUACGCUCCUCUGUCUACUCUGUCCCCACCUACCAGUACUUCCUAUUGGAUGUGGUCCUUGCCAUGGGUUUGGGCUUUGCUCUGAUUGGCUACCUCCUCAUGCGGAUAGGAAGGCUCUUGAGGUCAAAGUUUGGGGGUCAGGGGAGUGGAGCCGCAACGGUCGCCGGGGACAGUGACGACACCGACAGCAACUUGGCGAAUGGACAUUGCCACAGCAACGGUGUGGCGAACGGGAAACACAAACGCAACGGUGCACUGCGGAACGAGAAGAAGACAAAGUAGGGAGCAUAUUGGCAGAGAGAGGGAGUAGGAGGGGUUUGGGCUUUAGGAACUGAUCCAGAGUCAGUUUGUGGGCUCUCCUCCCUGGUUUUACGACAUAGGGAGAAGGGAUCAAAAACUGAUUCUAGUUCAGUGUCUAAAGUCGUCUUCUACCCCAAACAGUCACAAGAACAGGGGCAAUGAGACGCAAUGCAUCAUGGGGGACAGUGGAAGGGAUGGGACAAACUUGUGUGUGUGCUCGUGUGCGUUUGUGCGUGAGUGUGUGUUGAGGAGAGCCGAUUAACAGUACACAACAGACACUAACCACAAUCCCAACAACAACAACAACAACUACAGCAAAAGAGUCGGAAAGCCAAAGUCCAAGAGGAAAGAUUAGAGUGAAAGAAAAGUCAUUGUGAGAGGACAUUUUGUUCCUCCCUGCUCUGUUUAACUCCUUCCCUCACACCACUCUUCUUUCUCUCCUCUCUUCUCUGGAGCGAGAUAGACAAAUAGAGGGAUGACUUAAACAUCCAACCCUUCAUUCCUAAACAACAACAAAAACAACUACAAAAAGACGGUUUAAUUUGAGAAAUGAAUCUUUUAGUUUUCUUUUUAUUCUUUUUUUUUAUGACAAACUAUGUUACUGCACAGCACAUGUCAGACUUCAGACUGUAAAUAGAACACAUCUAUUUAUUACUGUAAAAAUGCAUUUAAAAAUACGUGUUAACUAAUUUCUUGUCUAAUUUACUUGUAUCCUGUGUGUUGCAGGCACUACAGUAGGACACACACUCCUGUUAGUUAUGUCAAACUCCUAUCACAAUAACUGACUGUUCAGUUGUGGCUGUACCAACUAGCCAUAUUUCAAGAUUUGCAGUUUGACCUGUUUGUUUUGUACUUCCUUGUAGCUAAUAGACAAGAGUUUCCCCACCCCAUGAUUAUAUCUUAUUGUAAUUAAAGUGAAGGAAUAUACUGUACUCUACUAUAUGUCCCAACCAAGAUGACACUGGCCCAAGUCCUGAUUUGCCCUUUCAGACAGAGCCUCAAGUAAGUUUAUCUAUUAGUAUUGAUUAAUUAAUGAACUAAUUGCCACAUUUCGGGUGCAGAAAUUGACCGUGCACCCUCUUCAGUAUGAUUGGUUACUGAAUUAAGAUGCUUUUUGUAAUUAAUUGAUAUUUUUUGUAAUGAAGCACCAUCAAUUGUAAUUUGGUAGUGAUAUUGGCCCCUGUAGGUAUAAAUGCUACUGUGUUUGUAAGUGUCUCACUCUGUAGGGGAGUGCACCUCAAGCUUAUAGAGAUUGUGUGGAGUUACAGGUUGCUGCCAUACUGGAGUGCAGUACAGGUGGCUGGUGAUGAAUUCAAAUAUGUUUGGCAGUGGGAUCUGAAGGUGUGUGCAAUAGAACAUCACAUACAAUGCCCCCCCCCCCCCCCCGCAUUCAUUUAAUAUCCAUUUUUUGCUAUGUUGUGUUUUCCAAGCAUGUGUCUGUGUUGGCUAUUGGUAAAGAGAGAUUCAGUAAUGCCAAGCUGAACCAGACAGUUAUACCCUGGUCCUAAUCAUAUAUUUCCUAUGACUAGGGAGACACGGGUUAACGUUUAUCAACACUAGUGUGUAGCCUAACCAUGCCCGGCUUGGCUCAGUUUGGCUCGUAGUGUGACCCGGGUCAAAUUAGAAUGGGGCGACAUUUGUCUAUGAGUAUCUCAGCAGUCUUUUCUUGUGGUUGCCUUCACUUUUUCCCCCUCUCUCUCUUUCCUCUCCCAUCAUUUCACCUUCCUCUCUUCAGGCCUUCACGUCUCCAGCCUCUCUCCUCUCCCUUUCUCACACCUUUCUCUCCCUCUAAACAAAUAAAUGUGACAUUGUGAACAUAAUAGCUGCUAGGGGUGGGAAAAAAUAUAUAGAUACGGGAACAUAUCACUACUUUAUUUUGUAAUAAAUGAUCGAUACACUGGCAGCAAAUUUCAAUAUUUUUAUAAACUGAUGUUGCGUUCCCACUGAAAUGACUCGAAAUUACAAUUAGUUUAAGGAACCUUUGGAGGAACCGUGAAGAUUAGGCAAAUAGUCUGGGGACGUAUGAAUGGCGACUGCUCCUUCCGGUCCUUCCAGUCCAGGAGGAGGCAGUGAUGUAGAGGACUACACAACAUAUUUGUGCGACACUGCAAUAAUAACAAAGCAUGGAGGAGAUUCAAGCUUUGCCGCUGGUUGUGAUGCAUUGCUUUGCUAAAGAGGUCAUUGAGAAGACAUUGCAGUGGUAGUAAAGCAAAUUCAGAUUACUCAACAGACUUGGUGGUUGAAAUAAAACGUUGCGUGCACUCAACCAAUCAAAAUGCUGUGUGCACUCAACCCAAUCAGUGCCCAAGUACAUGUCCCGAGUAGGGACUUUGCAAGGGCUAAACGUUUUACAUGGAACUUAAUUUAGACCCUGCCCCGUGUGGUGGAAACACACAGAGUACCUCCAGA